AUCCGGACGGUUUUGCGAUGUCAUUCUUCGGGCUGGAAACAUUGCAAUUAAAGCACACCGAGUAGUCCUGGCCACUGGUUCCAAGUAUUUCGAAGCCAUGUUUUCCCAUUCGGUGUCUGAGUCGUGCUCGGAUAGCGUGACCAUCAACGAUGUGGAUGAAGCGGCCCUCGUGCAGUUAGUGGAAUUUCUUUACACUGGUGUGGAUAUUCAGUUGUUCCAAUAUUUCUAUCUUUUGCUUCCGGAAAACCAUCUGAAGCAUUUUUUCUUCUGUAUAGCAACCAAUGACUCUUAUUUUCUCUACAUAGAAAUCGUCAUAACCGAAGAACAUGUAGAAGGUUUGCUUGCUGCAUCAAACCUACUACUUGUUCCAUACGUACGCGACGCCUGCUGCCGGUUCCUUCAGUCCCAGUUGCAUCCAGAAAACUGUCUCGGCAUCUUUCGCUUCGCCAGUCUGCACAGCUGCACCGAAUUGUCGGAAGCCAGUUUCCGAUUUGCAGAAGAACAUUUCUUCGAGUUGACAAAUGGAUCUGGUGAAUUCGUAGAACUGGAUGUGGACAGUGUGGAACAAUUAGUCUCAAGUGAUCAUCUCACCGUAUCUGAGGAUCGCGUGUUUAGCGCAAUACGCCUUUGGGUGGAACACGACGUAAGCGGUCGACAAGCACACGCCGAGCGUCUGUUUGAGCAUGUGCGGUUCGGUUUGCUCUCGCGCGACUAUGUGAUUCAGCUCAACAUUCCCAGUGAAUUUUUGCUUGCUAAUCCGUGGUGUCAGACGCGUUUGUCGCAAACUCUUACCUAUCACCUCUCUCCAUUGGCGGACAACCCGAUGACUCCCGAUCAGUUCCAACCUCGCAACAUGGCACCAGAGGUAUUGAUGAUCGUUGGUGGCUGGAAUGGUUCCGCUCUAUCUUCAGUUGAAUGCUUCAACUUUCCAAUUGGUUCAUGGCUGAGUAAAUCGCAGAACUCAACCGCGUUUGUGUUUCCGUCUGCCUUACGCCCACAUGUUCCAGAAAUACCAAGAAAACAUGCCUUUUGCGGUGCGGCUGUCCUGCGUAAGAAGGUUUAUGUCAUAGGUGGCUGUUACGAUGGCGUUGUCCCUGUCCGGGAUGUAGAUAUCUACGACAUCUCAGGGAAUUCUUGGAGUCAAGGCCCUCAGUUGCAGUAUGCACGGCAAGAUCUUGGCGUUGCAGUGCUCAACGAUAAAAUCUACGCGGUUGGUGGGUACAACGGUAAAACAGGGCUUAUUGUGAACAAAAGAAUAAACGUGAGCUUAAAACGGACUGAUGCUGGCUUCUAUAAUCAUUUCGAGCUGCCCACAACUGCAGACACUCAUUCAGGCAAUCUCUCAAGGGUUGGCCACCGCUCUGCAUUCCGCCACUCUGAAUUGGGCAUGGAAACAGUACUCUCUUCGACAAACGAUGUUUCGGCAUACGUAACACAUUUCACAACCAACGCAGCAUCUGGUGCUGGACACAUUCCUCAAUGGAAGUACCCGUUACAUAGCCGAAAACACGCUUUCUG